UAAAGUAAUUCCAACGCGUUAAGGACACUAAUUCAAAUGGGAACUGCCGAUUGCUGCCACAGUGUUGCCACCUCGUUAACAUUUCAGUUCAUUUGCUGAGCUGCAAAAGCUGCAUGAAAAGGAGUAUUUUUCACUUUGAUGAUUGCAUGAAAUGGGAAAUUCUAAGAAGAAGAAAUUCUAACAUAAAAUCAGUACACCUCAUUUGAAUUUUUUCGGUCAGCUGCUAUUUAAAAAUAAAGAAGGAAAAAGGAAAUUUUGUUGUUAAUAGUUGACCAACGGCUGACAGUAUUCAUAAAUUUGCUGGCGCAAGAAUGGAUUGGUUAAUUCUAACCUCAUACUUUCUGUGGUUCUUUUCCCCUUUAUCCAAUCCGGUUGUGCAUAUAUGGUUAAGACUGCGAGGACCUCAAUAUAGCAUUCAUAUCGCAGUACCUGAUGUCUUCGAACCACCGGACAUCGAACAGAUUGUUCCGACAGAUUUCGUGGAACGCCCAGUGCAAAAGUACUUGAAUCCCUAUGGAGAUGAAUUUGAACAACAUCUCGGGAAUGGCGGCAAUAUGGACUCCAUGCACACCACGCAGGCGCAACAAGCUGAACGGCAGGGCAGAAAGAAAUCGCCGCUAUUUUGGAUCCAACUGAGCAAAAGCUUCAGCAUUGUGGCCUACGACAAUCCCAGGACCGUCUAUCUGCAUUAUGAGAGAAUUUUCGAGGGUGUGAAUCGUGUCACCUGGGUCAAUCUCAAUCUAGCUAGCCAAUUGCUUUGGCUGGUCUAUUUGCUGUGUCUGGCGGCUGGCGUCGUUGAGAUGUUCGCCUAUAUGCUGUGUGCAGGCUCGGUGAAGUUCCUCAAAUGGCUACCCAGCACGAUUAUGGGGUUAUGCUCGUCUCCACAAGUCGAAGGAUCUUUGCGACAAUUGUUGCCCCAGACGGCACACCUGGAAGCCGUGGCUAUGUUUAGAGCACUCCUGGAGAUUUAUGCUCCCGUUUUAAACCAGCCUGAAACGCCUGUUGAUGCCCCGUCGCUGGCAGGUGAAUCCGAAAACAAUGAAACGUCUGGCGAAUCCGACAUAGUUUCUAAAAUUCAGCAGACGGAUAGCGCACGAUCUUCCGAAUCCGGCGCAAAAAGCGCACGGUUCAGUGACGCCCCACAACAAUAUGUUGAAAAACCGGAUUUGGAUCAGGAAAAUAGACCGGAAGACAUGUCAUAUGAGACUCUGGUUGAGAUGAUGGAAUUCGAGUUCCAGCUAAGAAAUCUGUUUGGCGAUGAAAGGCCGUUCGGUCCGGCCUCAGAGCAACAUGCUCCAAUCACAGAUUUGAAUAUUCAAGAAGUUAACGAGGCAUUUCCAGAGACUCAAGACAGCGAUUUAAAAUUGGAAAUCCAACUGGAGUUCAGCAAAGCGCAACAAGUUGUUCUUAUUAAAUCUGAAGAAAGUUUUUAUAUUGAGAAAAAUGAUGAAGAACCUUUCCAGAUUGUCGAAACUGAACAACGGAAUCGGGACAGCAACAUCAAGUCGUUAACCCAGCUGGACUUCCCCGAGGCCCCUCCAAAAAAUAAUCCAUUUGAGUCGAAAGAAGCUUUUAACAUAGAAGAAAAUGAUCAGAUAUUGCCAGUUAGGACUGCAGAUCUCUUACCGAUCCCGGAUGCUGCUGAAGAACCUCUCAAGGUUGACGAUGCCGAGCAGGGGAAUGACGUGCGGGUGGGCGGAUCCGAAAUCCAAACUCAGUCAAAUGAUUUUAUGUCAGUUUCCGACUCCUCAGAACUGUCAAUAAACAUGCAAGAAUCUGAGGAACUUUCCAUAUUUGAAGAUUCUGAAAAUUUUGCCUCAUACAUAGACGGCUCUGAGACAUCUUCAGAUAAACACGACAUCUUGGCAACUAAGCCAGGCGAUGUUCCAUUUAAGCCACUCGAAAUUUUUCAUAUUGAAGAUAAUGAGACUUUCCCAGAUUCUGUUGAGAAAUCUUUUCAGAUUGUAGAACCCGAGCUUGGCGAUGAGAAACAAGUUGCCAUGAGAAUUGGAUCUAGGAAACCAUCAAACAACCAAGAUCCCGACGCACAGGCUCAGUUCGAUUAUAUAUCAAUUCCCGAAUUAUUGGAAUCUGAGGAACUUUCGAUAAUUGAAGAAACCGAUAAGGAAGCAGAGUCGGAAUGUUUUAUAUCAAUUGUAGACGGCUCUGAGACAUCUGCCGAGAUUCAAGAUAUUGCUUACAAUUUCACAGAAUCUUUAAAAGAUAUUCGAUUUACAAAAGAAACCUUUUUCAUGGAUCAAAAUGAUGAUUUAUUGCCAGUACAGUCUGCGGAUUCAGAACCAACAUCAGACCCUGCCGAGGAACCUAUAAGGAUUGAAGAAACUGAGCAGGUGAACAGGGACGAUAUCAAAGACUCAACUGAAGCUUUUGCAGACGUUGUUCCAUCGAAAUCGGAAGGAAACGAUGACACAUGGCAAGAACAGUUUGCAAAUUUAUUAAAGAUCUCGAAUGAGGAUUCGUUCAAAGCACACAAAACCGCGCAGGAAGAUGACAAUUGGGUUAGUGCGGUCGUACGAUCUAAUCCACUUGGAUCUAAAAAGCCAUUAAAGGUCCAAGAGCUCGAACCCGCACAAGCACGGACAGAUGAUUUUGCAGGCUUCGAAGAAACUGUAAGCCAAGUGGAAGCCAACCUUUCAAUGGUGCAAGGAAUCGAUAAGGAAGCGAUGUCUGAUGAUUUAAUAUCAUUUGUAGACUGCUCGGACACAUCCUCAGAUACGGAUGAGAACAACUUUAAACUGGAAACUCGGCUAGCAAAUAAGAUAUUAAUUGGUGAAGCCCCACAGCCAGAUGAUACGAUUGGUAGCGAGGUACAGAAAGCUGAGGUUCCUUCCCAAACUCAGCAGAUUUCUGAAGAAAUCUUAAAACUACCCGAAACCUACGCUGAGUCGGAACUUUCAAUGACAACAUCUGAAUGGUCGGACUUAGACAUUGAUAUUGAAGAAAUAUUAGCAACACCUCCGCCUCCGUUGUGCUUCCCCAACGCGCCACAACCGGAACUUCCAAUUGGGUUUUACGAACAGGUCGAUUCCAACGCGACAACUGACUCGAUCGCCGGAGCCCAACAGCCAGAUGAUUCAAUAAGUUCAAACAUUCCCGACGUUGAAUUUAGCUCGGCAACUGACCUCUUCUUGACUGAAGCAACUCAGCAGCUCCAUAUGACGGACGCCCCACAACCAUAUCGAAGUAUUUCCGCCGUCAAGUUGCGCUCAAGUUUUCCUAGAGACCAACAACCGGCUGUGUCAAUAUGGCCAGGAAUGGAAUUUGGUGCUGCGAAUCCAGGAACUGGACCACCUGUUCCAAUAUGGGCAAAUGUUCCUGAGGUAGAAUUAUCUUCAGCAUCUAGUAUGUCGUUGACGGAAUCCCUACAACCAGCUUCAAGUAUUUCCGACGUGGAAUUCCGCUCGGUAACUCAGCUGUCCUCGCCUGGACCAGAUCUUCCACUUGAGCCCUACAGUUCUACAUUUAAGCCAGUCGUCGAUUCACGAUCGGCAGCUCUGUCGGCCGACCUAUCCAGCGAUAUUCCCGACGUAGAACUUUUUUCAGCAGGUCGGCUUUGCCAAAUCUCGUUCGGCGAGUCAGCUGAACAGCGCUCGGGUCGCCGAAACAAUUGUUCCAAAGUGGACAGGCAAAGCUUCCAGCAUACCCGACGUCGGAUAUCGUUCGGCCACUCGGCUGUCCAGCCGUGGGAUCUUCGCCAAAUUGGAUUCUUCUAA